AUGGCGGACCCCGACGCACCAUGCACGAGCCAGGCGGGUGACGAUCUCUUGCGGCCGUACAUCUCCUUGGACGCGCCCCGGCUAGUGCUGGAUCUCCGGCCAGACGCAGCCUUUCAUCGCGAGCAUCUGGUCGAGUCGUACCACAUCGCGCCGGUCUCGGAGCUCAAGUCUCGCUACAGCUAUCUGCCACCGCGCAACGUGUCUUUCCUAGUGCUCGCCGACGCUCUGCAGCGAGACGACGUGAUCGAGGCUUUCGCUAUGAUCUCGUCUGCGCGGAUCGUCCUUCUCUGUGAUGGAGAUGUCCGUGACCAGGGCGCGGCUCCACCAGGCGGCGUACAGCUUCGUAGCUCGUCCUCAUUCUUCGACUCCGCUCGACAGCUAGGACUAGUACGCAGCUCCACGGGCCACCAACAACGUAUCGCUGCCGACGAUAAGCAAGACGUUCCAGCGCUACUCUUCCGUCCCUCGAAUGCCGUGCGCCGGACGGUGCUGCAGCUCGAAGCCAAGCCGCAAGUCGACUCGAGCCCGCGGAGGGUGCUGGAUCUAGGCUGUGGUGCUGCGCGUGAUCUGGCGUGGAUCUUGCACGGCUCGCGUACACGCAAUGCCGCCGCUUCGAGCCGCGUCGCUUGGACCGGCGUCGCCAUCGACAACUGGAAAGCUGCGCUACGUCGAGGCGAGCAACUCAUGGACGACCUCCACCUCGACCCAUCUGCCUCGCAGCCACAGCCGGCUACACAGUCCAGCCCGAUAUGCGAAAAGCUGCUGUGGGCCAAAUGCACCGACCUCGGCGAACUCGAGCCUCUGGUAGGCACGGGCAAAGGACGUUCUAUUCGCUCUGCGGCCGAAGAUGCAGAUUUGUGGAACGAGUACGUCCAGGUGGGCCUUGGGCCUCUGCUGCCUUCUGGCGAUGGCAUCGACAAGGACAACCCGCAGGCGCAAUUCGACCUGAUUCUAUGUGUGCGCUUCCACCCGCGCGCUCUGCUUCCUCGACUAGACCGUCUAGUCCGCCCGGGCGGAGUGAUCCUGCUCAGCCAUUUUGUCACGCUGUCCGACGCAGAGCGCGAUGUUGCCAUGCAGGCGCACCCGCAUGCGACGCUCGACUACGACUCUCCGCCACACGAGGGCCGCAUCCAGCCCGGCGAGGCGGAGGCCCUAGUCGAUGCGUGGAACCGAUUGGCAGAUUCUCCAUAUACGUGGACAGUAGCCGAGAGCGUGUUGGAACCCAUCGAAGAUGGCAGGAUCAUCAAGAGUCUCGCUCUAUGCAAGACACGGCGGGCGUCCGCAUAG